AUGCACACCCCCAGCCUGGCUCAGGAUUCCGACUUGGCCGUGACACAGUCGCCUGCCUGUCGGGUGCUGCUGCCCCUGCCGCUGUCCCCACAGGCCUGCGCCUCCGGCUUGUCCUUCCACAAUGGCUUCUGCUACAGCGGCACCCCAGGCUGGGACCUGGGCGGCAGCCCUGGCGCCGGUGAGUCCCGGCCUCCUGCUGCCUCUUCAGUAGUGGAGACCCCUGAGGGGACCCUGUUCACCCAUCCAGGGGCCCGGGUGACCCUGCACUGCCGUUAUUGCUACGAGCCAGCCGUGCGUGUCAAAUGGUGGGAGCUGUCGGAGCCCCGGGCCUCUGAGCACGAUGUGCUGGCUGCCACCGGCCACAGGCAGCACUCCUUCGGGGCCUACCAAGGCGGAGCAGGACUGUGGCAGGACGCGGUGCGGGAGGUCUCUCUGGAGCCCCGGGAGGACUCGGGGCGCUACCGCGGUGAGGCCACGGACGGGCUGGAGGGCCAGAGUGGCCUGCUGGAGCUGGAGCUUCGCCGCGUGGUCUUUCCCUGCCAGUCCUCACGGGGGCGCUACCGGCUCACGUUCCUCGAGGCCCAGGAGGUCUGCCAGGUGGCUUCCUUCCAGCAGCUCUUCUGGGCCUGGGAGGCGGGGCUGGACGGGUGCAGCAUGGGCUGGCUGUGGGAGGCGCCCACGCAGUACCCCAUCAUGCUGUCCUGGCCGCCCUGCGGGGGCCCGGGCCUGGCCCCCGGCUUGCGCAGCUAGGGACGCCUGCACCACUUCGACGUCUUCUGCUUCGCCCCGGCCCUCAGGGGGCGGGUGUACUACCUGGAGCACCCCAGAACGCUGACCCUGACGGAGGCCAGGGAGGCCUGCCGGGAAGAUGGCGCCUGCACAGACAGGGUGGGCCAGCUCUUUGCCUCUUGGACGUCCGGCGGCCUGGACGACGGUGGGCGAGCCAGGUGGGUGGUGGUCGGAGAGCUCUCUCCGUUGCUUCUGUUGCGCUUUUGA